CAGCGAAACGCACUCAUUCUUGUUUUAUUGUUUUUUUCUGUUUGUGUUUUUCAGUUUUCGCCAAACCAACAAAAACUUGAACUCAAUUCAAUCGAGACGCUCCGCCAGACAGAUGUUCAACGAUCAGACACGACGACCCUUACACUAGGCAGGCAAUGUGCGCAAACCUCUCAGAGGAGUCGGCGAUCCAGAUUAGUGACGGGCGCCCUCUCAGUCGCAGCCCCGAAUGGGGGGAUCACGGCGGCGGGCAGCCCCACAAGCAGCAGCAGCAGCACCGUCAAUACCAACCGCAUCACCGCCAGCAUCCUCAUCAUCACCAGAGUAAUCAAAAUUACAAUCACAACCUCCGCCACCAGUCGACCAAGUCCGCUGCCGCCAAAACACAAGACCGUCACCAGCAACCAGCAGUGUGGACUUGGUUGAAUGCAAUUGGGGCUGAUGGUGCUCGCAUGGUGACUCCAUCCCACCCGUGUAGUCCCCCGACCCAUGUGCCGCCAACAGAUUCCCCCGAAUUCGGCACCACCACCACCAGCAGCUUCGUUCGACCCUUGGUCCGACGGCGCUCGACUUUACCAACCAAUUCACCCAUGUCAACCCACGAUGGCAACUCAGCCGAUGCUUCAAGAAUUAAUUUCGCUUUCGACCCAAGGCAACAAAUCAGCACCAGUGGUGUACUUUUUGGCGUCUCUGAGCUUUUUGAUUGGCGACCUCCCCACGUGGAUGCUUCUCAUAAGCGCAAGGUUUCGCCUCCACAGACUUGCGUCAAAUGCCAUACAACCGAGACACCAGAAUGGCGCAACGGUCCAGCAGGUCCCGGGACCCUGUGCAACGUCUGCGGCUUGGUGUUUGCAAAGAAACGCGCGCGCAGAGAUCGAGACUCCUGGUCUCUAGAUGUCAAUAAUGCGCGCGGGGGCUGCUAGCACCCAACGAAAUUUUCUGCAGUCGCCAUGCCACCAAACCAGCCAUUGAUCCAAGACAUAGUCUGGGCCUAGGGUGUCCAGUGGCCUUCUCAUCCUACCUAGGCUACCUAGGUUCUCAGUCUAGCAGAGGGACUACGGAACCUGUAUUCAGGGUGGGAAACCAUGCCCGAUACCAAGAUUUAGCCAAGGCCGGCAGACGAAAAAAAGAAAACACGCCAGUUAAUGAUCAUGCGACAUGGUUGACAUAAUUAAUUUACCUAUCGGCCGCAAUAAUGACAACAUUAUGAGAACAAUAUGAGAACAACGAGAGCAACAACAACGGCAGCAGCAACAAGAGAACGAACCCCACCCAUUCCUUUGGUCGGAUUUAUUGUUUAGAUUCUCCAACAAAUUAGUUGAGCUCAAUACGUACCCGGCAAAACUGCCACAAGGCCUCCAUCAACUAUCAACGAUAAGCCGUUGACGUAUGCUCCUGCUCGCGACGCCAAGUAUAGCGCUGCCCCGGCGAGGUCAGCGUCGUCGCCGAAGCGUCGCUCCGGUAUGUUAUUAGCAGACAGCCCACUCUUGUCGUCACUGAGCAAGGGUGCAGUCAUCUCAGCUUUUGAAUAGAAGCCAGUUAGCCACGUUGUUUGUGCACUUUUUUAUUUUCUUUUUUCUUUUUCUGUUUCUUUCGGUGCCUUUGUUAUGAUUUCCAAUGAUGAUAAUAUAUGUUGGGGGGACGGAAGGCGCUCACUCGGAAAUACCCCCAGGUUGAGCAGGUUCACCCGGAUUCGAUAAGGCACAAACAAAGUGCUCAAAAUUUUAAACAUCUGGUUUACUGCCGCUUUGCUGGUCGCGUACGCGACGGCUCCGCUCCCCGCCAAUUGUCUCACGUAUGCUACCGCGCUCGAAUUGACGAUGACCUGGCUCGAAACACCUGGCAGGCGGUUGGUUUCGCUGUUCCCUUUAUCCAAAAGGUCGAGGAAGGCGGCGCAAGUAAAAAAGGCACCUGUGACGUUGGUUGCAAAUGGUCGUGUGAAAUUCUCAUCCGACCAUUCGUUAAAAAUGUAGUUUUGCAGCUGUCCCGGCGACGGGGUUAACGUGCCAAUGCCGAGCAGAUUAGGGCCCGUAACGCCGGCGUUGACGACGACGAGGUGGACAAAGCCCACAUCUGCUGCAAUUUGGGCGGCCGCAGAAGCGAGCUCAUCCUUUUGCAUUACGUCGACGCGCAACGGGACCAUGACGCCUGCGGCCGUGCGAUCAGACCCCAACGCUGCCGUCUCCUGGAGCUUUUCGAACCGACGGCCGAGCAGGUACACGCGCGCAGCACCAUUGUACGCCAAGGCCAGGGCGAUGGAGCGACCUAUACCGCUCCCGGCCCCCGUCACGACGGCCACCAGGCCGUUGACUCUGAAAAGUGCUGCCGGGUCAAACUUGGACGGGUCAACGGUGUUGCUGUUCAUGGUGAUGUAGUUGAGUCCCUAUAUAGAUAGCGUCUUUGGAGUACAAUUGUUGUUAGUGGAGUCGACUCGGACGAGGGUGGUGUUGGACAAUCUGUUGAAACUCGAGAGAUGUUGACGGUUCCGGGUAGAUGAAUGACAGAUAAAUAGGGUCUCAAAUAUAUACACAGACAAGGUUUGAGAUCUUAAACCCCCAGGGUGCAUUGGCAGGUUUUGCGUGCAUUUUCUGCAAACCGAGCACGUUUCUGAUGUGGAGGAUUUACCCAUGGCUACAGGUAAAGCUUGGGAUGGCUCGCGAGCCAAUUCUAUCCGCCGA